AUGUUAAUAAACUUUGCAAACUAUUUGCUUAUAGGAUUAUGCUCAAAGGAUUUAAUAUAUUGCAUACUCAAUCAAUCUAAAAUUCCCACAAUCAUUUAUUUGAUUGUUUUAACUAUCAUUAUAAGUAAAUACUUAUAUCAAUAUUCUAGUUUAACAAUUACUGAAGAUCAAAUUCCGAAUAUCUAACUCUGAAAUCAUACUCUCGUUAAUUUAUAAUACAAUCUCUAUAACUAUAUUUGGAACUUUAUAUAUUUGGCAAGCUUAUUAUAUCAUGAACUUAUUCCAAAAAGUGAAUUACUAUUUUAUAGCUUCAUUUUCCAUAAUAAUUUUCUAAAUUGUGUUAGAAGUAAUUCAAUAUGAUUUAAUUGUGCCUAAAACAUUUGGGUUUUCAAUAUCUUCUGCUUGUAUAAUACUUGUAUAUCAGUUCUUUUGUUUUAUUAAAUAAAAUGACAUAGCCUCAGUUGCAGAAUCAAUCAUAAUGAAGUAAUUGUUAAAAAAUAGCUAUAUAAAAGUGUUUAAUAGAAAUUUAUAAGAUUUAACACCAAAUGUAUUGUUAAGAAAUGUUUAACAUGCUUCUGGAUAAAUCAUUUUUACAACAAGAAAUAAAUCAGAAAACUUUGAAUUAAUACCUAAUUCAGUGAAUAAAGAAUUAAAAAUUAAGAGUUUUCUAAAUAGUGACAUGUAAUUAGAAGAAUCUGAAGACUCAGUAAUUGAUAGUCCUAACAAAUAUUAAAGUUAUAAAGACUUAAAAGAAUUUAUUAAUAGUUUUGUUUAGAAUUAAUAAACUUAAAGUGAAGAUAAACUAAUAAUUGCUUCAGAAAUUGAUAUGGAUUCAGGUAAAAAAUAGAAAUUCAAGGUUAUUAUUAAUACAGAGAUUAAAAAAUACUAUAUUAUUGCUUUUAUUAAAAUUGAUUCUGCUAUUGUAAGAAAACAACAUAAUUCAAUGGCUAAAUUCAAGGCUAGAUUAGCUAAUAACUUUACACAUAAAUUAAAAACAUCUCUUAAUGCAACUUUAGGAUAUUUAUCAAAUGCUAAGAAUGACAGAAAUUUAGAAAAAACAGUCUUACAGUCUUAUAUAAAUCCAUCAUAUAUUCAUUCUAAAAUAUAAUUGUAUUAAGUUUAAGAUUUGUUGGAUUAUUUGAAUACUGAGUAAGAUUAAAUUGGUUUGUAAGUAACUAAAUUUAAUCUUUAAUAAUCUUUAAGUUAAAUUUAUGAAUUUAUCGAAUAUUAAUGCAAAAUAAAAAAUAUUUCCAUAAAGUUUAUGAUAAAUGGAUCUGAUUGGAAAAUACAUGAUAGGUAUAAUUUAUGAAAAUUAUAAAUCUUAGUUAAUUUUAUCUUUAUUCUGAUUGUCAAAAAUUUGAAAGGGUUUUAUUUAAUUUGAUAAAUAAUUCAUAUAGAUUUGCACCGUUAAAUGGAGAAUUAACAAUUGAUCUUGUAUAUGAUACUAUAAAUAAUAAAUUACAUGUAAAAAUAAAUGAUAAUGGAGAAGGAAUACCAGAAGAUUAAGUACACUUAAUAAAUACUCAAGCAUAAUUACAAAAUAAAUACAAUAUAACUAAUAAAUAUGUAACCUCAAAAAGUAAAUCGAAAUUUGGAUUAACUUUGUAGAUAACUAAUAGAUUAAUAUAUAUGCUUAGUGAUUCAAAUUGUUCUUUGUAAGUUAAAAAUCAUAAAUAAAUAGGAGGUUGUAGUUUUGAAUUCUUUAUAAUUAUAAAUUCUACAUCUAAGGAAGGAUCAUUAGAACAGAUUAAAUAUUCGAAUUAUAUUAAAUAAUCUAGAUAAUCUUCAAUUAGAUUAUAAAAUCAAUUAAAUAGGUCAUCUAAUUCCUCAUCUUAAAGAUCGAUUUUUUCUAAGAAUUAAUAGGAUGAAUGCAUAGAACCUAUUGAAGAAGAACCUAAACCUGUUAAACCUCGAUUAUCUAAGACUUAUUAAAAUCAUGAUUAUAAAUAAUAAACAAAUCCAGUAAAAAGACCAACUUUGUCUGGAAUACGAGAUUUAUAAUUAUCACAUAUAAUUGAUCAAAUAAAUUAGAAUGGAAUAAAUUAUCAUUAAGAUAAUCGUUAUAUUUUAAUUGUUGAUGAUGAACCAUUUAAUCAUAAUACUUUAACUUUAAUGUUAUAAAAACUAGGUCAUAAAUAAUUCUUCUAUUCUUUUAAUGGAUAAGAAUGUAUUGAUAUGGUUUAAUAAAAUCAUACAUUAAUAAAAACAAUAUUUAUGGAUUUAGAUAUGCCUAUAAUGGGAGGAUUAUAAGUAAAUAAUUAAUUUAUUAAUUAGGCUACAUAAAUUUUGAUUAAAAUGAUGACUGAAGGUAAAAUAGACUAUAUUCCAAUUAUUGGUUGUACAGCCCAUGAUGAUUUUGAAACAUAAAUAAAAUGUUUAAAAGUUGGGAUGUCACAUGUAGUUACUAAACCUGUUUUUAUAAAGAGCCUACAAGAAGCUUAUAGAUAAAUUAGAGAGGAACAUUAGUAAUAAGAGCAUCGUAGUGUGUAAAUGUCAAACUCAUUAGAAAAAUAUUGA